AAGAGGCGAGGCGAGAGCGCCUACUCGGCCAAAAAUCUGUAUGAUACAAGCAGGUGACGUUGUUUCGUUUCUAUCGCUUAUUUCACCUCUAUGGCCUAUUUAUUGCCUUUACCUCCCUUAUCUUACCUAAUUUGCACACACUGUAUAUAGACUUGUUUUUCUAUUGUGUUAUUGACUGUAUGUUUGUUUAUUCCGUGUUGUUGUUUGUGUCGCACUGCUUUGCUUUAUCUUGGCCAGGUCGCAGUUGUAAAUGAGAACUUGUUCUCAACUGACCUACCUGGUUAAAUAAAGGUGAAAUACAUGUUUUUUCUCUCGAGGUGGCUAUGCAUGAAGCUAGCAGCAUAUCUCUUUCCAUUGAAUAAAGGCGGUUGACAUCAACAACACUCAACGAAUAUUCAAAAAUGGUAAAACAUCAUGAGAUGUAUCCACCAAAUAAAAAAGAGGAUAGGCAGAAGCUAGACAACCAGCUAUACUUAUUAACCUGUUCCGUUUUGUGGACAACGACUUCAUUGUUAGGGUAGAGACAAGUAAUUGCGCCCCGAACACUUAAAAGACACACCCUAUACCCUCAAAUUAAGUGGACACUUCUGAUGACGUGUUUUAUUUCUACAAUUUCCAAAAGAUAACCAAACAAAAACUUAUUUACUUUUUAUUUGACUUGUUUGUGCAUUAGUAGCACAAUUUCUAACUUAUUUGCAUUUGUUUUUACUUACACGUGUAUGUUGACUUCUCCAUUGAUGUUGUUUUUGAGUUCUCUGACUUUUCUUAGCGGACGUACAAUCGUCGUGAAUUGAAUUGGGGAGUUUCAGGCCCCGGAGUGAACAUAAUUAUACACUCGCAAAGCCGACUAAAAACGAGGGCUAAGGUGCUUACGUUGCAAAUCCUCCCUUUCUUUGGACCGCCACACUAAAGCAACUGGGAUUCCCCCAAGGGCACAAGGCGAGGGUAAGUGGACGAGGGUGCGUCCUUUAAGCGUUUGGACCGUAAACCCUUGUCAUUCUAUACAUAAUCUUUGCCUUAACUAACUUUGCUGCCUGACAUGAUUUGGUCAUAGGGGGAAACGUUUACCUGUUGUAAUAUAGAGCAGGCUCAACUUGCCCAGCAGACAUAAAUUGUCCAACUUGCACUUAAACCAGGGUUUCCCAAACUUAGUCCUGGGCCCCCCAUUGGGUGCAUAUUUGGGUUUUUUGGGAGAGGGGCACGGGACCAUGUUUGGGAACCCUGUGUCACGUUCUGACCAUAGUUUUUGUGUGUUUUCCUUGUUUUAGUGUUGGUCCCUGGGUAGGCAUUCUAUGUUAUGUGUCUAGUUUGUCUAUUUCUAUGUUUGGCCUGAUAUGGUUCUCAAUCAGAGGCAGUUGUUAGUCAUAGCCUCUGAUUGGGAACCAUAUUUAGGUAGCCUGUUUUGUGUUGGGAUUUGUGGGUGAUUGUUUCCUGUGUCAGUGUUUGUGCCACAUGGGACUGUUUCGGGUUUUCACUUUGUUAUUUUGUUUGUGUUCAUGGUCAGUUUUUCUCAUUAAAAACCAUGGACACUUACCACGCUGCAUUUUGGUCCGAUCCUUGCUGCACCUCUUCAGAGGAAAAGGAGGAAAUCUGCCGUGACAGAAUCACCCACCACAACAGGACCAAGCGGCGUGGUGACAGGCAGCGGCAGCAGGAGCAGCGCAAGGAGGAAUGGACAUGGGAAGACGUUUUGGACGGCAAGGGUUGCUACACAUGGGAGGAGAUCCUGGCGGGUAAGGAAGCCUUAGAGUCAGCCCCAAAAAUGUCUUGGGGGGUCACACAGGAAGUAUGGCGAAGCCAGGUAGGAGACCUGCGCCAACUUCCUGUGCUUACCGGAGAGCGAGAGAGACCGGGCAGGCACCGUGUUAUGCUGUGGAGCGCACGGUGUCCCCUGUGCGGGUGCAUAGCCCGGUGCGGUACAUCCUCGUAUCGGCCGGGCUAGAGUGGGCAUCGAGCCAAGUGCCAUGAAGCCGGCUCUACGCAUCUGGUCUCCAGUGCGUCUCCUUGGGCCGGCGUACAUGGCACCAGCCUUACGCAUGGUGUCCCCGGUUCGCCUGCAGAACCCAGUGCGGGCUAUUCCACCUCGCCGCACUGGCAGGGCGACCGGGAGCAUUCAACCGACCGGGAGCAUUGGGCAGGCUCGGUCCUCAAGAGCUCCAGUGCGCCUGCAUGGUCCGGUCUAUCCAGUGCCACCUCCACGCACCAGCCCUCCGGUGACAGCUCCCCGUACCAGGCUUCCUGUGCGUGUCCAGAGCCCAGUACUCCCUGUUCCUCCUCCCCGCACUCGCCCUGAGGUGCGUGUUCUCGGCCCAGUACCACGCACCAGGCCUAGAGUGCGCCUCGCCUGUCCAGAGCUGCUAGAGUCUCCCGCCUGUCCAGAGCUGCUAGAGUCUCCCGCCUGUCCAGAGCUGCUAGAGUCUCCCGCCUGUCCAGAGCUGCUAGAGUCUCCCGCCUGUCCAGAGCUGCUAGAGUCUCCCGCCUGUCCAGAGCUGCUAGAGUCUCCCGCCUGUCCAGAGCUGCUAGAGUCUCCCGCCUGUCCAGAGCUGCUAGAGUCUCCCGCCUGUCCAGUCUGCAAGGAGCCACCAGUCUGCAAGCAGCCGCCAGAGCCGCCAGUCUGCAAGGAGCCGCCAGUCUGCCAGGAUCCGCCAGAGCCGCCAGUCAGCCAGGAUCCGCCAGUCAGCCAGGAUCCGCCAGAGCCGCCAGUCAGCCAGGAUCCGCCAGAGCCACCAUUCAGCCAGGAUCCACCAGAGCCGCCAGUCAGCCUGGAUCCGCCAGAGUCGUCAACCAGCCUGAGCUACCUCUCAGUCCUGAGCUACCUCUCAGUCCUAGGGUACCCCUCGGUCCGGGGGGUUGGGGGUACUGUCACAUUCUGACCAUAGUUUUUGUGUGUUUUCCUUCUUUUAGUGUUGGUCAGGAUGUGAGCUGGGUGGGCAUUCUAUGUUGUGUGUCUAGUUUGUCUAUUUCUAUGUUUGGCCUGAUAUGGUUCUCAAUCAGAGGCAGGUGUUAGUCAUAGUCUCUGAUUGGGAACCAUAUUUAGGUAGCCUGUUUUGUGUUGGGAUUUGUGGGUGAUUGUUUCCUGUGUCAGUGCCACAUGGGACUGUUUCGGGUUUUCACUUUGUUAUUUUGUUUUUCUCAUUAAAAACCAUGGACACUUACCACGCUGCAUUUUGGUCCGAUCCUUGCUACACCUCUUCAGAGGAAGAGAAGGAAAUCUGCCGUGACACCCUGACUUAAACAAUGGGGGAUGAAGCAGAAAGAACAGUUUUAGGCUAUGCCUAUUGGAAUUCCUUACGGUUUUGUUGUUUUCAGUAAAACAUUUUUAGCUGGGGAAACUUUAAAGCAGACUCAACUUGCCUGAAAGCUCAGUUCACUUGCUCCAGGCAAUAGAGCAACCCUUAAGGUCCCUGCUACAACUAGGUUGUAGAGUUUUUGUAGUUUUACCUGGUUACCAUCAGGAGAGAAAAAAAAUGUCCCCACCCCUCUGGGACCUGUGGUGCCACCUCUGAAGAUGACAUGUAGGCUAUAUAUCCAGCUCUUAUACUAAAGCACUGACAUUGUUCUCAAUACUGUAAUUUAUAAUCCUUUUGAAUGGUUAACAAUUUCAAUUAGAUUCUUAUGAUUCACUCACUCUAAAGGUGACUUAACCAUUAUAUUUUAAUAACAUGGACAUAAUCAUGUACAUAAUCUACAUAAUCUACUUAAAUCAAAUCAACAGUUUACAGUUAUCAAAGUACUAAAACAUUUCUGAUCAUUCUCACAAGGCAUCCCUACAUCUUUAACAUUACAAAACAUUUAAUCCAAACUCGCAAUAGGAAAAGUGUCCGAAUGAAGCACUAGUCAACAGUGUUAGAGGUAUUCAGCCGUGUGUGGUUGUUUCGCUCCAGUUAAAGGGGCAAUCCUUAGUUUUGGUAAAAAGCUGAGGGAUGGGGCUGGAGAAAUGUAACCACUCAAAAUUAUAGACAGCGCUAUGGAUGCAAGGACUGACCAUGCAUGAUAUCAAAAUUAUAGUCAUAACCAUGUUUUAAAUGUUUGUUUACAUUUACUUUGUUUACAAACAUUGUAGUAAAACAAGCUUAUAUUUGGAGUUCUGAUGGGGUACGACAGUUGAACUAAAACUCAUGCAGCAUUUAGAAGUUAUCUUCUUCAAUGGUUACAUAUAAUACAUUUAUAAGUCCAAAAAUGGAUAUAGCAACUGCAGAUUGCCCCUUUUAUGACUACAUCUAUGCAUAUGUAUCCAAUUGAUUGAAUUGGAAUUGUUGAUUGUUAAUAUGUCUGGUCUUUCUUUUCAUCAAAGAGUUCUGUCUCUGCCCAGCUGGGAGGCUGGCUUGCAUCAAGCACUCUCCUUGGGCAGCCCGUCAGAUCCAAGCAGAUGCUCACUAGGGUCCUCCACCACGCGAGGUCCAGGUCCAGCCUUAUACACAAAUCAGAAAUAAUCCCUCAGACAAACCAACUUAAUAUCACAUCAAAAUGUAGCAGAUCCAAACAUAAUGUGUGUGUUUAUAGGAUCUGCAUUCCUGGUGAUUUCCCGUAAGCUGGUUGGAGAGAGCAUCAAGCUCGCUCCCCAAAACCCUCCACUACGCCAACCCGCAGAGAUGCACAGGAAACGGGAAAAGGACCCGGAGGGUGCUGCCUAUGUGUGUGUGUACCUUAGUGCUGAUUAUAUAGCAGAUUCCCUUCACCAUGGGCUCCAUAGCAAUGGCCUGCUUCAGCUCCUCAGAUAGUGUUCUUGGGGCAACCGGAAGACCCUGUAGAAACCUGACGUGGGACAGGUAAAGUCACAGGAGGGAGUGUUGUCUGACUGUCUGAGUGUGUGUUUGUGAGAAACUCACUGUCCUCCAUUGGUCUCUGGUGGGAAGAAGUGUUUGACCACCUGGACAAACUCUUCCACAUUCUGCUGAAGAGUGUAGAUCACUGCAUUGGGACCUGCAUCAAAUGUGUAUGCCACCUGGUGGAGAAGAGAAAACAUCGGUCACUGCUUAUACUCAUGAAAAGAACUCUGAACCAAAGUUAUAGCUUUGUUACAGCAGUGUUAUAACAGUGUCAGAAGAAGGAGGGAUGUGAUGCUGCACUAGUCCUCUGAGACUCAUGAAGAAGUACUAGGUCAUAGACACGGUAAAGAGGUCAAUAGAACGCAGAAGGAUGGCGGAUUGGUGCACAUUCAACAAACUGAUCUAACAAAAGUGGAUAUUUGUCAAAUCCGUCACAAUGUGUUUACAAAGUCCGAUUUGGAUAUACUUGGCUGUUUUCAAUGCAUAACAUUUAGAAGUAGUCUCUUUUCAGGUUCAGAAGAAGUGACUGCUAAAUGCUAACUCCCGUUCGUAUAAGCUGGUAGCAUAGAGAAAUCAGUGGUGGUAGUCAGUCUUUUUCUAACUGUAAUGCAGUUGAUUGGUGACGAUGACAUGAACAUGUAUUGUUGACAUCAAUACAAGCAUUAUACUCCGAUUUUUACCACAAUAUAGUGUGAAAUACACAUAAACAAUAGCCUAAAUGUAGGCUAAUUCCACUUAGGGGAAAUAAGGAGGAUUCUGGAUCUUUCCAUGGCGUUUCCAUUGUUUUGGUCAAGUUCCAUUGACUUCUUUACCACAUCUAUACUUGGGCUUGUUAACACAUUUUCUGUUCUUCUUGAACUGUAGAAAUACUACCAGUUUCACAUCCCUAUUUCAUAAUCUCUGAAUAUCAACAAUUACUGCACCUUGUUCUGCUUCUUAGCUUAGACCCCUUGUAGAACUGUCAAUGUUCCAUAUGACUAGCACAUUUCCAUGACUAAAAGAAAGAACUAACUCCCUGAUGGUGCUCACCUUUGUUUCCCUGUAGUGACGGUUAUAGCGGUGCACAAGGUUGAUAACACGGCGCGACACGUCGUUGAGGUAGAAGAUGGGUGGGUAGGUGUCCAGGCAAGUGGCAUGGAACUGAUUGCUGUCCUUCAUGGUCAGUUCAGCGAAUGCAGUAAAGUCCCUCUUAUGUACAGCCUCAAUCAUCUCCUUCAUCCUGGCUGGAACCACAGAGUCUGCCCGGUGCUGAGGGGGAGAGCGCAAAGGUUAAGGGUAAAUUGGGUGAGCUAUUUACCGAUGGACUAUGUACAGCUGCAGCGAUGCACUCACACCUGCCUGCUGCCAUUCCUGAGCAAGCGUUGUACUGGUGGUGCCCCGAUCCAGCAGCUGAAUCAACAUUAGGAGACUUGCUGGACUUUCUUGGGCACCCUGAAGCCUUCUUCACAACAAUUGAACCGCUCUCCUUGAAGGUAACCAUGGUUGACAGAGGAAGAACAAUGAUUCCAAGCACCACCCUCCUUUUGAAGCUUCCAGUCUGUUAUUCAAACUCAAUCAGCAUGACAGAGUGAUCUCCAGCAUUGUCCUCGUCAACACUCACACCUGUGUUAAGGAGAGAAUCACUGACAUGAUGUCAGCUGGUCCUUUUGUGGCAGGGCUGAAAUGCAGUGGAAAUGUUUUUGGGGGAUUCAGUUCAUUUGCAUGGCAAAGAGGGACUUUGCAAUUCAUCUGAUCACUCUUCAUAACAUUCUGGAGUAUAUGCAAAUUGCCAUCGUACAAACUGAGGCAGCAGACUUUGUGAAAAUUAAUAUUUGUGUCAUUCAUAAAACUUUUGGCCACGACUGUACAGUGAUUGGAUAUGAAUAGUGUGGGGUAUUUUUACCAUAUGCUGUAUAUUAUCAGCUCUCGUGUUGUAUUCUUCUUGUACCGUCUGUGAAAUGAUCUUAUAUGAAAUUAUGGUUACAAGGGAAGGAAAAACAGCCUGUGUAGUAUAGUAAUCUAGCGUAUCUUUAUAACAGGAACACUUAUUUUAUGAUGAAGAAGAAUGACUCCUUGUCUGCUUUAUCAAUGCUGGCAUUGAUUUAUUGGAGUGAACACUGAACAUGAAACCAAAUCUCCCAUUAACCUAUCUCCAAAUAUUCAGUUACAUCUUGCUUGUAAGAACAUUAAUGUACUCAGAUAUGUAGUAUUACCUGUGGCAGGUGUACAAUAGAAGCAACCAUUCAUAUAUCUGUGGUCUCACCAGACACCUGUACAAUAAGAGUGAAGCAGGAAGUACUUCAAGUGCUGUCUUAGACUAACAACUGAGAUCAUUUAACAAAUCCUGCUACAAAUACAUCUCAGCCUCUUAAAGCACAUACAUUUCAGAAAAGAGCCUUUGAACCUAAUGAGUCAAACCAACUAUGUCAAGCCUAUACAUUUCAAUGUAAUGCAACGUAUAGCCUAAUACACGACCUAGGAGGCCUUGUAAAGAAUAUUGACUACAUUUGAAUACAAACUAUAUUUGAGACUUUUUUUCUUUACAACAUUGCUCUUAUGUGAUUAUACUUGCAUUUUUUUUUGAAUGAAAGCAAAUAUAGUGCAAACCCAUAUGACCAAUCAAUGAGUCUUCAAGCACUCAGCUCAAAGACAAAAUAUCAUCAUGAUAAAACUGUGUUGAUUAUUUGUGGAAUAAUCAUUCAAAUGUAAGGCUUUUUUAUUUUUUAAAUGUAAAACUGUUGAAGAUACA